CUGGUAUACAACCCCACCAUGUCCUUUACUUUUGGGUUCUCACAAGGAGAUUUUAGCGAUGACGAGCUCACAGAAGACCCAAACCAUGUAGAAGUGACCCGAGUGUUUGCAAACCCGUUGACAAAUCUCCAGGUCUCGGCUGCCAACUUACCCCGGAAACACAGCCUUAGCACCAUCUUGGCCACGUUGACGGGCGUGCGCGUGACUUUCCAAGGCUACAAGACCGUCCAGGACAAUAUCGUGUACCGUCGUGAGUUGUUCGACGUCAAGCACCAGUUGAUGGCGGAGGAUGAUAACCACAACCAGGAGGAGCUUGACAUCUUGAUGGGCAACACCAACGAAGACGUGCGUGUCAACGUCUACGAAGGUGGCUUGAAGAGCUGGGAGUGCUCCUACGAUACGGUGGAUGUGUUAGCUGAGCGGAUGCAGCAGCUCGGGGGCGUAGAAGCGUUCCGUGGCCAGUAUCCGAAGAUCUGCGAGUUCGGCUGCGGAACAGGGUUGCCGCUGUGUUUCUUGUUGUCCAAGUUCCUCGCAAUGGAAAGCGAGCUUGCUACUGAGCUUGUGUUAUCUGACUUUAACUACUCUGUCUUGCGCUUAGUCACCGUGCCUAACAUGAUCAUCAACUGGGCGUCCACCGUGGACGUGUCGGAGUUAGUGCAGUGGCAGGCCUCAGCCGACGGCCAGCAGUUCGCCGAUGAUGAGUUAUUGUUCACUCCUGUGGUGCUAGAGCACUUUGAACAGGCUUUGAAGCGGGCUAAAGUAGAUGUUUCGGUGAUCAGCGGUUCUUGGGGGGCCCAGUUCAAUGACCUUGUGGGGCGCGGCAGCGUGGAUCUCUUGGUCAGUUCUGAAACCAUCUACGCACCAUCCACACUCCCAGUGGUCGGCGAGUCCAUUAUCGAGUUGUUGUGCAGCUCCACCGGCUUUGCGUUAGUUGCCGCGAAGGACAUCUACUUUGGCGUAGGUGGUAGCGUCGGCGAGUUUGCUCAGUAUUUGACCCAAAGAAUUGCCCAUGGGGUGAAGAUUGCCUUCCAGGUCUGCAAGAUCGAGAGCAGUUUGCAAAGAAGUGUAGUCGAAAUCACCAAGGCGUAGGAUAGUUAUGUAAGACUUGAACGAAUAUUACAAUAUUUAAG